AUGUUGUGUGGGAAUAACGGUAUGUCAUCAGAAAAACAGGAUUCAUCCGUUCCACAAAUUGCUAGUCUUAGCUCACUAAAUGCUAACUAUAUGGAUAUGGAACAAAAGAGCUUUCAAGAUUAUCCACCUCCAUCUUACAACCCGGUAAACUGCUAUCCGUCGUUGCCGCCAGAUUUUUCACGGACAACGGCACCUCCGCCGGUUCCGCCAACAUAUCCCUACUAUCAACCUUCGCCAUUCCAGUCAUCGACGUCAAAUUCUGGAUACGUGUCGGCGACACAACAACAAAAUCCGUAUUUAUUUCAUCAGUCCGCCAGUUCACCAGAAGAGCAUUCAACGAAGAUAAUUGAGGGCGGUGAAGUGCGGAUCAAUGGUAAAGGUAAAAGGGUACGGAAGCCACGAACCAUCUAUACCAGUCAGCAGCUUCAGGAAUUGCAAAGGAGGUUCAACAAAUCUCAAUAUCUAGCGUUACCAGAUCGAGCAGAGUUGGCGGCUCGACUAGGACUAACUCAAACUCAGGUUAGUUUUAUGAGCAAUCUUCCAAUCUUCUCAACGUCAUUUACCUUCUUUUUCUGAAU